AUGCCUUUUUAUAAGAGAACAGUUGAACCACGAUCUCUGUGCAGGUUUAACAAGGAUGGAUUGCAAGCUCGUGCCUGUUGUGUUUUUAAUAGAGAUUCAUUUUCCUCUUUGGAUGCUGUGAACUUCAAAGUGUUGAUUAACAUCCUCCAUCAGUUAUCUGAUCUGUCUCGGCAUGCCAGCAGCAUCUUUCUGGAGCUCCAGACUGAAGCAGCUGGGCUGAUCAAUAAGACUGCUGCCCUGCAGUACAGGUUGGAUGCUUUGCACGUGACGGUAGCAGACCUGAACCAUAAGAGGAUAAAAAUCCCGGUAUCCAGCCUAGAUGAGGAAAGCAAGUGGUCGGUGCACUACACAGCACCCUGGCAUCAACAGGAGAACGUCUUCCUGCCAGGAAGCAGACCAACCUGUGUAGAUGACCUUCAUCAGCAGGCCAAAGUCAACCUGAAAACAGUCCUCAGAGAGUGUGACAAGCUCAGGAAAGAUGGCUUCCGCAGCUCCCAGUACUACUCGCAAAGCCCUGCCUUCUCUUCAAGCAGCCUUUGUGAAAAUGUGCACCUGGAGGAGAAGACGGAGAAGAACGACAAAGGUUCAGAGUCGCCUACCGAAGAAGAGAAGCUGGUAUACUCGAUGCCACCUCAGACACCUCUGCUGGAACAUGGCUUUGACUUGAACAUCCAGAGGAGCUGGACCAGCUGUUCACCUUUACCCACACCAGAGGAGAAGAUGAGGCUACAGGCCCAGACGGUUCUUACUGAUAUUAUUCCCAUCAACAUCACAGGUGAGAAUUUUGACCGGCAGGCCAGCUUCCGUCGCUCCAUUUCAAACACUGAUACCAUAAUACGAAGGUCCAAGAGGGUGCAAAGACGAAAGACAAUAACAGGCGUUCCUGACAACAUCCAGACAGAACUAGCAGACAAAGAACAAGAUGACUCCAGACUUCAGUCCAUGGGUAUGGCAGAUCAGCACUCAACCCUCUGUCGAGCCGGAAGCGUUAACUCCACCCUGAGACGGAUGGAUACCCGUGACUCCAGUUGCCAAACAGAAGAGUUAAAGAUUGUUCCUCCCUCAGUACGCAGAAUCAGAGCACAAAAAGGCCAUGGAAUUGCAGCCCAAAUGGCCAAUGCAUCUCCCUCCUCAAGCAGCAUUUCUACCAUGAGUGACUGUAACAGCAUUAGCUACACUCAACUUAAUGGGAGUGAUCAGAGCUUUUACAGUUUGCCUCGCAUUUCACAUCAGCCUUGUGAACCUAAGUACAGCAGCUCCCCCUACAGGAUGAAUUCUGGCUCUACAAGCUCCUUGCCUUACCAGUUUGACUUGCAGCAUGGUUCCUCAGCAUCGCUGCCGAACUCGAAAAGCAGCCCCAAAUCUGGUGAAUUUCAGAAUGAGCAUCUUAUUGCAAACUACCAUGGCUGUGACCAAAAUAACAGCUUGGCCUUAUUCAGUCUCAGUGAUGCUCUACAGAACUCUUUUGCUGGACGAAACACAACAGAGGAUGACUCUAUGCAGUCACCUCAUUCCUCAGCACAGUUGGUCAGUUCUACCGAUGCCUCAUUGUCUGGUACAUCCUCUUGUUACGAAUCAACCACCUCACUGUGUACAGGGAUCCAUACAGAGACCGAGUCCCAGUGCAGCACGCUUGACGGCAGAAAGCGUAGUUGUAACUGUGUUCGUAGGGGUUCCGACUUCUCAGAGAGCAGCAAUCAAAGCUGUAGCACCCUAACCAAUGACCAGUGGACAUUUGAGAUUCCUCCUAAGGACCAGCUUAUUUCAAGUUGCUCCUCACCUGUCAGUCACAUAUACAACAGUCAAGAACAUUCUCCGAGCAAGACGGACACCAACUCAUUGUUCUCUGCGGACAACGAUGGGUACUAUACCUCCAUGCGUCUAGAGUCUGGUAUGAAGUCACACAGUCAUGGCCGCAUCCAUGAAGAGUCAAACACAAGGCACAGUUUGUACGAGUCCAAGGACCACCACAGUCAGAGUGAUUGUGCAAGUCUGCACAGCAACCGCUCCCUGACUCGCAGCAUUUCCCUUCGGAAAGCCAAGAAGCCCCCUCUCCCUCCCGCGAGAACCGACUCCUUACGACGCAAACCUCAGAGGAAAUCUCACCACAGUGGAUCGGUCCUUAGUGAGCAGCUGAUCUCCAGCCUUCAACAGUCCUUAGAACUUAACCUGCAAACGCAAAAUGCAUCCUUUCCUGGACACGCAGCCAAUGGCUUUGAAGAUCCUUGGGUACUCCGACCCCGAAGCAAGAGCACUGUUAGCGCAACAAGCAGUGGUAUGUCGGCACCAGCUGCCGUGUGUCCGAUCACACCUACACACAGUGACAGCAGCAGUCAGCCCUCAGACUAUGCCGAGUCAUGGGACUUUUACAUGGAUUACCCAGGUCCACGAUCAGACCAAGGUGUCCCUUCUCAAAUUACAAGACAUGGAGGUUCUGAGGAAAAUCCAGGGGUCGUGAGCAAUGGAUCUUACAACAGUGGUUUCCCAUCAGCAUAUUGCAAUGGGAUUAAGUCGAAACUGGUAUCAUCACCUGAAAAGGUCCAUCGCCUGACUUCGCCAUCCAGCGGGUAUUCAAGCCAGUCCAACACACCAACUGCAGGCACUCCGGUUACUUCUUUACUACGAGUAAAGUGUCCUACAGGAAGGGCAAAACCAAAAGUGCCAGAGAGAAAGUCCUCCCUGCUGUCUUCUGUGUCCUCUUCUUCUACAUCUCUUUCCUCCAACACCUCAGAUUCCAUUAAGAACAUUCCUCCACCUCCACCUUUACCUGACAUAACUACUGCUCAAUGUGUAACACCCAGCCCAAUUUCCAGCUGCUUGACAGCAACUACGAUAGACUCAGCCCCACCUCCUCUUUCUCAACAUGAUGUAUCUUCUGCCCUACAACAGAAUUCACCUUCAAAUGUACCCACACCUGAAAAGUGUGAAAGGCUCUUCGAUGGCUUUCUUGAUUUUGUCCCACACUCACCAAAGGUUUUGGAAUCUCUGUCAUUGAAUGAAGGUACAAUUAGCCCUCCACCUCCUCCACUUCUUCCUCCUCCCGAACCCUCAUCAUGCAUUCAAUCUCCUCCUCCCCCUCUACCUCCUCCUCCACCAUUACCUGCAGCCAUUUUUACAAAAGAGAGUUCUCUUACAUCUACAGAGUCUGUGGAAAGUGAAAAGGGACUAAACCUUAAUCGCUUUGAAGAGCCGGAGAAGAGACCAAAAAUUACUGCUGAUGCUCUGAAGAUGGUGCAUCUACGACCCGUCAAGCUCAGGCAAAUUGAAAGUAUUUUUACAGCAGUCAGUGUUAAACAUUUUGAGGACCAGGCACAAUAUUCUCGAAACUGCUCAGGGAGAACCCUACAAAGUGAACCUGCAGAGAAAACAGUCACUGCCAGUUGUGUUGGUGAGACAGAAAAUGGAAUGGCAACAUAUGAAUCUUCAGAUAACAAAGGAAACCCCCUUAAAGCAUCGUAUCCUUAUCUACCCCCUGGCCCAGAUGACCAUGUCACCAAUACUAAAACUGGGCAGAAUGGUCCCAUGCAAACUUCUGAGCCUCUUAGCAUUCCAAAUGAUUUACCUUCUCACGAGAUUGCACAGUGCACAGACUCCACCCUACAAAAUUCCCCUUCGAAACAAAAGCCUCCUAUAUCUCCUAAGAAGCCAAAUCUAGCCCUUAUUAUUCCACCAAACAAUCAGGUUUCUAAUGGGCUGCAGCUUCAACAGGUUCAGGAAACAACCAUCACUCCUGAUCCAGAGCCAGUAAAUGACACAGACUCAACAGACGUACAUGUAGGUCAUCUGCAAGAGAUUCCAUCAGGCCUUGAGGCAGAAGAAGAAACUGAUUCGGGUUCCUCGACCCAUGUGGUCAAAGGCAGACUGUCUUUCAGUAGUGAUUUGUCAUCAAGCAGUCUGCAAGACCUUCAACUUUCUGAUCCCAUUCUUCAUGAGCACGAUGAAGACCUGGAGCUCAGUGAUGAUAAAAAUACAUCAGAUGAUGGUUUAAGCAGCAGCUCAGGAUCCAUCAGCUUUAAAGAAGAUGAAAGUGAGGAAAAUGGUGCUACGUUUGAAUCGAGCACGGAAAGCUCACCGGGCGAGAACGUUAACGGAAAGGUUGUGGGGGAGAUGGUGACGCCCGUUCGUCCCCGCACUACAGAGGACCUCUUUGCUGCCAUUCAUAGGUCAAAGAGGAAGGUCCUGGGCCGUUGCGACUCUGAAGAGGAACGCUGCCGUAGCGUCCCCCCUUCCCCGCCUAUCACCCCAACAGGCUCCUGUCCCAGUUUGUCGUCCUUGCCUCGACAGUCUAGCUCCAUUCAGCGCAACCUACGUCGGUCGUCCACAAGCAACGACAGCUUCAAAGCUCUUCUCCUCAAAAAGGGCAGUCGCUCCGAGUCCGGCUUCCGCAUGUCAGCCGCAGAGAUACUCAAAUGCACAGACCCCCGUUUCCAAAAGACCACCUCUGAGUCGCCUCAAUUGGACGGACUUUGCACCUCUCCGACGGGCAACAGGAGGGUAUCCGAAGAAUGGGCACGUACCGAGGGUGCCCUGCCCCGGCUAUCUGCCGGACUAACAACUUUAAAAUACGGGCGCUCUCGCACGCCGCCCUCAGCGGCCAGCAGUCGGUACAACAGCCGCAGUCGCAAUGCUAGCGGGCCAAUGACCGCUAUUUGUGAAAGAGAGGGUGAGAUGGCAGAGUCACAGGACGGCUCCUUCACGCUGCCCCUGACCUGCAGCGGCACGGUCUGCUCUCAAGGCAGCACUUAAUGCUUUAGCAUUUCUUAUAACUUGAGGAUUUUUCAUCCCCUGACAGCUUGUAAGAGCCGUUCACCUGUCUAAUACCAAGACCAAGAGGUCUAAACUUUGGCUGGAAGGCCAUGCUUGUGCUGGCCCUUGGUGGCAUCUGAGGAAUAAGGAUUUAAUGGGAAGAGAACUUUCUGUAAUUGUGUAACUUUUGGUUUUAUCAUUUGAAUAAGACAUUAGCACUCUUGAAAAUGUGAUAUUAACAAAGGGUUACUUGUUGUAUUUUCAGGUUAGAACUACAAGGAAAUGUACUUUUCCUUUUUUUGGUGGUAAGUUGAGGGUAAAAUAGUAUGGAACUGGAAUGUCAUUGAGGGAUUUUGUGAUGAAUCGUCCAUGCUGACGUGUUUCCGAGUACGGCAAUGGAAAGUACCCAACUGAAGUGAGCACUUGAACCCAAAAAAGUGCUUUAUUGAGCACAGUGAAUCAUAAUGUAUGAACUGUAAUGUCACCAAAUCUAAUAUUCAUCCAUAAUAACGUCCUUGUGUUUUCUGAAGUCACAUGGUUGAACCUCUUCUUUCAAAGGACGUUCCACUUUUUUGAAAAUAUGCUCAUUUUCCAGCUCCCCUAGAGUUAAACAUUUGGUUUUUAACAUUUUGGAAUCCAUUCAUCUGAUCUCUGGGUCUGACGAAAAAUUUAAAGUUGCGAUUAGGAACUUUAGCAAAGUCCUUGAUUAUUACGCCGGAAUGAGAGUAUAGUUCCUAGCCAUAUCUGCCUAGAAAUUCACAACUUUUAAUUUUCCGUCUGUGUUAGUACACGAUGUAACUACAGAGUCAAGUUUUAAAUAGGAAAAAUAUUGAAACUAUUUGGUUAUUUUUUUAGUGGGAUGCUAAUGGUCUAAUCAGAUUCAAUGGAUUGUGCUAAGCUAUGCUAAAAGUGGUAGCACCAGACCCCAAGAACAGCUGAAUGGAUUCCAAAAUGGUAAGAAUCAAAAUGUCUAACUCUAGGGGAGCUGGAAAAUGAGCAUAUUUCCAAAAAAAGUGGAAUUUCCCUUUAAAGUACCAGAUCACGAAGGUUGCUGGUGUUGAAUACAAGUAUUUGAUGUUGUCAAACAUGAGAGCAGAGGGGCAGAUGGCUGUAUGGAUAGAGCGAAGUGAAUAAAAAGAGUGUGGAGAUGUUAGCAAAGAGGAGAUUUUUAAGAGAGCGACUAAUAACUGAUGUUUUUAAUGCACCUUUAGAUGCUUCAUUUCUGUUUUGUGUCCAACAAUUUCCAGUUUUUAAAAAAAUGGGCAUCACAUUUAUGACCAAGAUGAAAGUAUAUUUGAAUAGAAAGUUAAUGCAAGCCAAUUUCUUUAUUAUAUUCAUGUAAAUAAAUGUUUUGCUUUUUAUGUUUAGACAAUAUUAAUAAUAAUAGUUAUCCAUACUCUACCGGUGUAAAUACUUCCAACCAUUUCAAAAGCCAAGUAUCAGUUUUAUACCAACCAUUCUGUUUCAUAUAGAAACUUCCAUAUAGGCCUCUUUAUUCUUGAAAAGUCCUAUAAAUUACCUGUCUCGCACCUGCCCUUAAUAAGAAUUUGUACAUU